GACGCCAGAUCCAGUCUAAACCCUAUAUCAUCGUUAUCGUAUCCCCUGCUCAAGAACCACAUUGUCUGAAAAUCCAAAGCUCUCCGACUUGACGAAGACUAAGAUGCCGUCCAUAGGAGCAGUUAGAUCGGAGGGUUCCGGCGAGAUUAGGUCCGGUAGUGGUUCGACGCCUCAGAAGCGGCGAUCGAUAUCCGGUGGCCCGAUUUCUCCGCCAUCGCCGGUGAAAUGGAAAUCCCCUCGCCGAUCCAUCAAUGGUAGCCCAAAAACUCCUUCAAAAGAGAUCGAGAAAGAUUCUGAUGCUAAAGCCACAAGGUUGCAUAAGUCACCGAUGAAAAAUUUGUCAGACAGUUUUCUGGAUAAAUCCAAAUGGAAUCCAGGAGAUUCUAAGCAGAUGAGUGCCGCGAAGGAGGCCUUGCACGUGUCAACAGUGCCUUCCACUGUUGUGUGCCGUGAAGAUGAGCAGAACAGGAUUAUGGAUUUUUGUAAGGCAUGUAUAGAGCAUGAGAAAGCUGGGAGUUUAUAUGCAUGCGGAUGUCCAGGGACCGGAAAAUCCCUGUCCAUGGAAAAAGUGAGGCGAGCUCUCGUUGAUUGGGCAGGACAGGCAGGUUUUCAGCCACCUGAUUUGUUAUCCAUCAAUUGUACUUCUCUAACAAAUACUUCAGAGAUUUUCAGCAAGAUACUUGAAAAACACCAACCAAGAAAGAAAACCAAGAGCUCUACCUCCCCUUUGCAGCAUCUUCGGAACAUUUAUUCAAAAAAGCAGCAGUCAUCUGGGAUGAAGAUGAUGCUGAUAAUUGCUGAUGAAUUGGAUUAUUUGAUUACAAGAGACCGAACUGUGCUUCAUGAUCUAUUCAUGCUUACAACUUUACCAUUCUCCAGUUGCAUAUUAAUUGGAGUAUCAAAUGCUAUAGAUCUAGCAGAUCGUUUUCUUCCAAAACUUCAGUCGUUGAAUUGCAAGCCUAUGGUUGUAACUUUCCGGGCUUACUCUAAGGAUCAGAUCCUCAAGAUUCUUCAACAGAGGUUAAUGGCACUUCCUUUCCCUGUCUUUCAACCACAGGCAUUGGAACUUUGUGCAAGAAAAGUUGGAGCUGCAUCUGGAGAUAUGAGGAAAGCACUUAGUGUAUGCAGGAGUGUACUUGAGAUUGUAGAAGCAGAGCUGAGAGAAUCCAUAAAUAGCCUAAGUUUAUCAUCAGAGAAGGGAGCCUUUGAUCAGCAAACACUUCCAGCUCUUGACUCUUUAACAAAUCAGGAAAUCAAUAUUGUGAGGGUUGACCACAUGGCUACUGCUUUGUCGAAGACUUUUCGAUCACCAAUAGUAGACACUAUACAAUCUCUGCCACAGCACCAACAGAUUAUACUAUGCUCUGCUGUGAAGCUUUUCCGUGGGGGAAAGAAGGAUACAACUGUAGGGGAGCUGAAUAAAUCUUAUGUGGACAUAUGCAAAUCAGUUCUAGUCCCACCAAUUGGAAUUCUGGAACUUUCAAGUAUGUGCAGGGUGUUAAGCGACCAGGGCCUUCUUAAACUAGGUCAAGCUCGAGAAGACAAAUUGAAAAGAGUAACAUUGAAAGUAGAUGAAGCAGAUAUUGCUUUUGCAUUGCAGGGCAUUCGAUUUUUCCGGAGCUGUCUUCAGUAGUCCUGGUUAAAGAACAUCAACUCAUGAUUUAUUUUGAUGUCGGCUUCAUUUCUCAAUUCUUUGCCUACUCCAAAUUUGAAGAUCAGUUCCUUGGCAAAACUUCGAUUCUUCAAAGGUUCUGGUUUAUAAGAAACCAAACGUUUGGAUGGAUGGCAGAUCUGAAUGGAUAUCUGCCGGAUGCAAGCAAAGAGCUACUGCAGAUACUUCAAUCAUCCCCCAUAUUUUCCCGUUAAGAAAAAUAAGAUACUCUCAGAAAAAAAAGUAAAAUUUCAAAAUUUUAAACCAAUUACAAUAUGUAACAUCAAUAACAUUUUUAAUGCUGAUAGAAAGCAUUUGUAGAAUCCUUACUAUUCAAGAGCUACAAAAAAUUUUAAAAAGUGUAUAAAAUAGCACUUAAUAGUUGUGUUUUU